CAUUCAGUCUGACGCCGUCCGUGGUGAGGAUCGCAUGUGUUUCUUCUUGUGACUGAGUGUUCGCGCGACAAGUGUGUGAAUAUGUGCUGACACGGAGCGUUGUGCAGUGAUUUGUGUGUGAAUAAUACUGAUAUUUUAAGAGGAUUAUUGGAUUUUAUCAACAUGCUUACGUCAAGCAACCAGUAUUUGCGGCCGGAUUACCUGGCACCGCUUCCGACUACGCUCGACGCGAAAAAAAGCCCGCUGGCGCUGCUUGCCCAGACUUGCAGCGCUAUUGGAGCUGACUCGCCGAACCCCAAGCUCAUCUCUGCUGCUGAAAAAGCCAGCAAAAAAUACGAGGAGAAAUCUCCCGUCAGCAAUAAGCCAAGCUUCAAGCCUUAUGAAUCGUGCCUCACUUCGAGAGAAAAGACUAGAACACCAGAAGAUAGAGCCUCCAUGAAUGGACUCUCUAAAACACCACUGUCAUCGAAGGGUAGUGCGUCAACCACGCCAGUGCAGGCGAGAUGCGGCAGCAACCAAAGCUCUUCGUCACAAAGAUCGCCACCACCAGCUCAUCGCAAAACACCUUCUGAAAAGUCAGAUGAGCGUACCAGUCCGCCCCGAGAUUCACCUCCGGCCAAAUCUAACUCUGACUCUACUAGCAGUUCAUCUGCGUCCAAGUUACCGUUUACGCCCAACAGUUUAAUGGCCAGCGCCGAUACCAAAGAGCCUUCAAGUUUCAAACCUAGUAUACCUACGACUUCGUCUGCUUUUCUUGGAGGGCUGACUCCAUCUGGUUUUCCUCUACAAAUGGACUUGAUGACAAGUAGUUUGAUGGCUGCACAACAUCAUGCGUUAAAGAAUGGACUGAAUCCGUAUCUAGCGUACGCAAGAAUGAAAGCCCCUGGCAGUGACCUAGGUAUUUGCAGGGAUCCGUACUGCACUGGCUGCUCUCUAAGUUCCCAUUUGCUCAAAUCUGCAGUUUGCCCAGCUGGUUGUGCUCAGUGCGACCACGCAAAGAUGCCUUUCCAUCUCCCCACUGGCCAUCCUGCUGCUGCUGCUUAUGCGCACGCUCAGCUAACUGCUCUAGCUGCAGCAUCUCAACUGCCAUUCGUUUGCAGCUGGAUGGCAGGAGACUCCGCUUACUGUGGAAAGAGAUUCGCAUCGUCUGAAGAAUUAUUGCAGCAUCUCAGAUCGCAUACUGCGACAGGAGAAUCUAGCCCAAGUCUUUCGAUGCUGAGCGCAACUCAUCCAUUACUGCAGCGGACUUACCCAACACCUCCAUUGUCGCCGUUGACACCGAGGUUCCAUCCAUACAGCAAACCUUCUCACUUGGUAUCUUCGCCGCCGCUACCGUUCGCCCUACCCCCGCAUCCAUCUCUGGCGGCUUACUUCCCCCCGUACCCACUAUUUGGACCGCGACCUCUGCACCCUUGAGGACCGUCGGCGCUCCACGUGAACAAGAAAGGGGGCGCCGACCGCUAAUGCCCAUGCCAAAAGGACAUUCGGAACUGAAGAUAGUGUAAAUAUAUUUUUAGUGUUCUUCAGGUUUCUAGUCGGCUCAUAUCAUCGAUGGACAGCGCCCGCGCUGCGAUUGCUGUGAUCUCUAACUUGUAAUUCAUAAUAUUAUAAUGGACUGAACGUUCCGCACAAACGUGAACGGUACAAUUUGAACACGCAGGAUUUCGUUCUAUCUAUCAAGAUUAAUAUUUUUCAAAUAUCUACUAUAUUUAAUGCAUGAAAAAUCGUUCUUAGCGCAACAAGUGAAAUAGCGUUUUCAAUUAACGUUUAACUUUGUGUAUAACGUUAAAUUUCACGAAGCUUAUAUUGGACGCUCUAUGAUAGUGAACUUUUAUUCUAGUUAGAUUAACAAAAUUUUUAUGUACCAAAAGUAUAGAUUGUAAUUAAAGUAAUUUUAAUUUAAGUUGUUGCAAAUAAUUAGUGAGGAUUGUUAAUUGUGUUUGUAUUUUUAAUUAUCGAGAUAUUUUGGGUAAAUAUUUGUUUUGGUGACAAUGAUUGCUUACAUAAUAAUCCUUUUAGACAAAUUAAGAUGCAUAAUAAUUAUUAACAGACAGAUAUUUACGCGUAUGUAGAGAAGUUGCUUGGUACAUUUAUCAGUAAUUCCCAAUAUAUGUAAUAAGAAAACAUUUAGUACAACGUGCAAUAUUUAAACAUCACGUCACAAAAGACCUUACAUUGUCACUCUAAUUAGUUUUGUAAAAAGUGCAAAUUACCUGUGCUACAAGAACUAGAAUACAAAAUCACUCGUGUUACCGCAAUACCUAUAUUUUCAAGUUUCAAAAUGAGAGAAUAAACAGAAUCUCUGACUUGUUUGCUUUUUGGAUAAACGCUCGCAAAAUUAGCACUAUUUUAUUUGUAACAUAGAGCUAUGAAUGUUUGUUUCUGAAUAAAACAUAGAUGUACGUAUCUCUAAAGAACGUUAAAUGACUGUACACACGUAAUAGCAAAGUGUCUGUUGAAAUAAUUUGUUGUUAUAAAGGACAUAAAACGAAAACAAAUAUACGUAAAUAUUUAAUUUCAUUGCCAACUUUAAUUUCAUAAACCCAAUUUAAAGAAAAAUAA